GCUGGGAUUUGGCGGGACCACCGAGAGGAGAGACGCUGACGUCAUAGGGCAACGCUUCGCGUUGAUUGGCUCUAGUAAAUAUCCUGCCGCGUGAUUGGCGGAGGCGGAGUUCCCAAAAUCCUUUGCGUUUAGCGGCUUCCAUUUUGAGUUGAGACGAUGUGGUGGUGGCGAGAGGACGUGUGUUUAGUGUUGUGGUAGCUUGCACUCGUUUCUGGUAGAGGUGCUCUUCAUUGUUAUGUGUUCUUGUAAAGACAUAACGGUGACGUAAAGAAUGGAUGUAGCAAUGAAGUUAGACUUUGACACUUGUGACGACGAGGAAGGAAAUGCCUCUUUCCGCACGUUAAGCUCUGGCUGUGAUGAUGAUGGCGAUAUGUCUGGAGACGACCUUCCUGGCGUGGUACCUCCCUCUCCUUCUCCGGCCAGACUCUUCAGUCCGAGGAAACCUCUCAGACCUUCCGUGAGGCCUGAGGGAGAUGGUUCUACCCAAGCUGUGGAUUCCCCUCCUUACAAAAAAAUUCGUGCCCUGCGGCUCUUCGAUUCUCCAGCUACACCAAAGACAUUAAUACAGAAAAGCAGUGCAGAAUCGUCUGGCCGGACAGCCUCUAGAUCCAGGCUUUUCCUGGCUCGACAGAGGUCACAGACACCAGCAAAUUUGGGUGCGCCGUCAACUCCGUCAGUUACACAACAGACCAAGGAGCAGCAACAGGGGAAGUGUCCCACCAAGGAAGCUGCAAAUAUAAACCCUUUCACCCCGACAGGGAUGAUGCUCUCCUCAAGAAAAAGAACACGGUCGAAGAGGGAAUUGAAUUCCCCUUCAAGUGUGACUCAGUUGCCGGAAAACAUGGAUUUCAGCAUUGAAGAAUCGUGUUGCACUGAUUCCUGUGACGAGUGUGAGGAGGAUGCUGGGCGACCAACCAAAAGACUAGCCAUUCACGAGGCCAAUGUCUCCAGAUAUCAUCAUGAAUUUUUAGAGCUGGAACUUAUUGGGCAAGGAGAGUUUGGUGGUGUGUACAAAUGUCACCAUCGACUGGAUGGUUGUGUAUAUGCAAUCAAGAAGUCCCUCAAACCAGUUGCUGGUUCCAUCAACGAAAGGAUAGCUUUGAAUGAAGUCUAUGCCCAUGCUGUACUAGGGAAGCAUCCACAUGUAGUACGGUACUACUCUGCUUGGGCAGAAAAUGAUCAUAUGAUCAUUCAAAAUGAAUACUGUAAUGGAGGUUCUCUUGCUGACUUAGUGGACAACAAGCCUGGCAGAAAACUAAAUGAACAUACACUCAAACAAGUUAUGUUACAUGUGGCAAAAGGUUUAAAGUACAUCCACUCACUACAGUUAGUACACAUGGACAUCAAGCCUGCAAACAUAUUCAUCUCUCGUGAGCAGAAGGUUAAUUUACAAGGUGAAGAGUCAGCUGAUGAUGGCUUUGAAGAGGAACAUGUGGAAGAAGAGGAAGAAGUCACAUAUAAAAUAGGUGAUUUGGGGCAUGUUACAUCUGUAGUUAAUCCUCAAGUAGAAGAAGGUGAUUGCAGAUAUCUUCCCAGAGAGAUUCUUCAAGAGGACUUUUCAAAUUUAGCCAUGGCAGACAUAUUUGCUCUUGGACUAACCCUGUAUGAAGUGGCAAGAGGUGAACCUUUACCCCUAAAUGGUGAGGAGUGGCAUGCAAUACGCAACGGAGAACUUAAACAACUCCCAGGAUACAGUGUUGAACUUCAGCUGUUAUUGAAGCAAAUGGUACAACCUGAUCCAGCAGCACGACCAACUGCAUCACAACUGGUCUACCACCCAAUCCUUUGCCCUCCCACUGGUAUGUCCAGAGCACAGCUUCGGCGUGAACUUAAUGCUGAGAGACUAAAGAAUGAUAUACUAUCUAGACAGUUGAAAGAGGCAGCAAAGUGUCUUCAGAACUUAACACCUUCUGUAGCAUCAACCAUUGUAGCUGUAGCAUCUGGUGUGCUAGCUGGAGUAGCACCUGUUAGUGUUCCUGCUUUGCCACAUGCAAGAUCGGGUCCUACCACCAGGAAUUCCAGACUAAUAGGUAAAAUCAAACAGAAGUGUGAGCACAAGUAACUUUUAGUGUAAUUUUGUAAGAAAUUAUAUUGUUCACGAGUCAAGUUAAGGAAAGGAUUAGUCAAUUUAGAAUUUCAGUCAUUUGAUAAAGGCAUCGGUGUUGCAUCUGCAUAUACAUUCUGAUAUAUAUAUUUUACUUGUCUGGAUGAUUCCAUCACAUGCAGGCUCAGAAUGUAAGUGUAGUAGACAAUAUGUGAUUUUAC